CAAAAGGGACCCAGGCAGAGGGAAGAGCAGGGAUAAAAUGGCGGAGUUGCCAGCCAUAGAAUUAACUGACUUGGCCCAGGCCAAUGGCAGGUUCACCAUUAGCACCCUGAUCAGCACCGAGGACAGCAGCAAACCUCACUAUGGACAGCCUGACGCUGCCGCCUGUGAGGCUACCCAUCCCGGCCACCUCACCCACAGCAGCACUUUCUACCUGAGGACCUUUGGCUACAACACCGUGGAUGUUGUGCCGACUUAUGAACAUUACGCCAACACGAAGGUGGCAGGUGAAACCAAUAAAGUUAGGCCCACGCUGGCAGAUCUACAUUCUUUCUUGAAGUCGGACAAUAGCCGUCUCCACAACCCAGUGUACGAACCCCAGAGAAGUAACGGCCUGAGUGACGAAACGACUGAGGAAGAUGGUGGUGAGGGUGGGGAAAAGCCUCCAGGUGAGCCGGUCCGAUUUGGAUGGGUGAAAGGAGUGAUGAUCCGAUGCAUGCUGAACAUCUGGGGUGUGAUUCUCUAUUUGCGAUUGCCCUGGAUCACUGCACAGGCAGGAAUUGCACUCACAUGGCUGAUUAUCUUCAUGUCUGUGACGGUGACGAGCAUCACAGGCUUGUCCAUCUCUGCCAUCUCCACCAACGGCAAAGUGAAAUCAGGUGGCACCUAUUUCCUUAUCUCAAGAAGCCUCGGUCCAGAGCUGGGUGGUUCCAUCGGUCUCAUAUUUGCCUUUGCGAAUGCCGUGGCAGUGGCCAUGCACACGGUGGGCUUUGCGGAAACUGUGCGCGAUCUGCUCCAGGAACAUAACUCGCCCAUUGUAGACCCCACAAAUGACAUCCGCAUCAUCGGGGUCAUCACAGUGACAGUGCUACUUGGGAUUUCCUUGGCCGGAAUGGAGUGGGAAGCAAAGGCACAGGUGCUGUUCUUCAUAGUCAUCAUGAUUUCCCUUGUAAAUUACAUAGUGGGGACGGUGAUUCCAGCCUCCGAGGAGAAGCAGGCAAAAGGAUUCUUCAGUUACCGAGCUGAUAUUUUUGCUCAGAACUUUGUGCCAAAUUGGCGCGGACCAGAUGGCACCUUCUUUGGUUUGUUUUCCAUUUUCUUUCCAUCGGCGACUGGCAUCUUGGCUGGAGCCAACAUUUCAGGUGAUUUGAAGGAUCCAGCCAUAGCCAUUCCCAAAGGCACGCUGAUGGCUAUAUUCUGGACUACAAUAUCCUAUCUGGCUAUUUCUGCUACAAUUGGUGCCUGUGUGGUACGUGAUGCCUCUGGGAGCCUGAAUGACUCCAUCCCUGUUGGCUCUCCGGGCUGCGAAGGACUUGCUUGUGACUACGGGUGGAACUUCACGGACUGUGCUCAGAAACAGAGCUGUCACUAUGGACUCAGCAAUUAUUACCAGAGUAUGAGCAUGGUAUCUGGAUUUGCCCCCCUGAUCACGGCUGGAAUCUUCGGGGCCACCCUCUCUUCUGCUUUGGCCUGCCUGGUCUCAGCACCUAAAGUCUUCCAGUGCCUGUGCAAGGACCAGCUCUACCCUCUGAUCGGCUUCUUUGGGAAGGGCUAUGGAAAAAACGAGGAGCCCAUCAGGGGUUACAUGCUGACCUACAUCAUAGCAGUGGGGUUCAUUCUUAUCGCUGAAUUGAACACUAUUGCCCCAAUCAUCUCCAACUUCUUCCUGUGCUCGUACGCACUCAUCAAUUUCAGCUGUUUCCACGCCUCCAUCACCAACUCGCCGGGAUGGAGACCAUCCUUUAGAUAUUACAGCAAGUGGGCUGCGCUCUUCGGUGCCGUCAUCUCUGUCGUGAUCAUGUUUCUAUUGACCUGGUGGGCAGCCCUGAUAGCCAUUGGCAUCAUUGUCUUCUUACUGGGAUACGUGCUCUACAAAAAGCCUGAAGUGAACUGGGGCUCGUCUGUGCAGGCAGGUUCGUACAACUUGGCCCUGAACUAUUCCGUGGGACUCAACGAAAUCAGCGAGCACAUUAAGAACUACAGACCCCAGUGCCUGGUCUUAACAGGCCCUCCCAACUUCCGCCCAGCCCUGGUGGAUUUUGUGGGCACUUUCACCAAAAACCUCAGCUUGAUGAUUUGUGGGAAUGUGCUGAUAGGACCAUGCAAGCAGAAGAUGUCAGAAUGCAGGCUCACCUCCAACGGCCAUACAAAGUGGCUGACCAAGAGAAAGAUCAAAGCUUUCUAUACGGACGUGGUAGCUGAUGACUUGAGAAGUGGAGUCAAAACACUUAUGCAGGCAUCCGGUCUUGGGAAGAUGAAACCCAACAUCCUGGUGAUCGGGUACAAGAAGAACUGGCAGACAGCUCACCCUAGGACUGUGGAGGAGUACACUGGAAUCCUGCAUGAUGCGUUUGAUUUCAAGUAUGGAAUAUGCUUAAUGCGAAUGAAGGAAGGGCUGAAUGUUUCCAGAAUGAUGCAGGCUCACAUUAACCCGGUGUUUGACCCAGCAGAAGACCGUAAAGAGAAUGGAGUAAAUGGUGUGGUACCCACUGUGACAGGAACAUUGGAUCCGGAUGCCCUUACAGCGGAACAGCAAGCAAGCACCAUCUUCCAGACUGAACAGGGCAAGAAGACUAUCGACAUCUACUGGCUCUUUGAUGAUGGAGGUCUGACGCUCCUGAUUCCGUUCCUCCUCAGUCGCAAGAAGCGGUGGGGCAAGUGCAGAACCCGGGUGUUUGUUGGUGGGCAGAUCCACAGGAUGGAUGAAGAGAGGAAGGCGAUUGUCUCUCUAUUGAGCAAAUUCCGACUUGGGUUCCAUGAGGUGCAUGUCCUUCCAGACAUUAACCAGAAACCACGCCCUGAACACAUCAAGAGAUUUGAUGACCUGAUCGCCCCCUUCAGGCUGAACGAUGGGUUUAAGGAUGAGGCCGUGGUGAAUGAAAUGAGGUGUGACUGCCCCUGGAAGAUUUCUGAUGAGGAGGUUAAUAAAAACAAAGUAAAGUCGCUUCGACAAGUGAGACUGAAUGAGAUUUUGCUGGAUUACUCACGGGAUGCUGCCCUCAUAGUCAUAACCUUGCCAAUAGGCAGAAAGGGGAGAUGCCCCAGCUCCCUCUAUAUGGCCUGGCUAGAAACCCUCUCGCAAGACCUGAGACCCCCAGUUAUUCUGACCAGAGGAAACCAAGAAAAUGUUCUGACGUUUUACUGCCAGUAGAAUGUGGUUGACUACACGCCACGAUCCAGUUCACAUUAAUGGGAGUUUUACCAUUGAUGCCAAUAGAGGAAAGAGGAUUCAGAAGAAAACUACAACUGGGGACAAAGAAUGGGAAAGACUCUGCACUAAACAGCAUCAGAUCAGGGAAAUUCUCCUUGACUUUUAGGACUCAAUGACACUUUACCUUGAAAGUAAGAGAAGAGCCAAGUAAUUGUGCUUCGGGUAUCUGCAAACUAUGGAUAUAUCAGAAUCUGUCAGAGAGCCAGUGGGAACUGGACAUCCCUGUCUCCAGGGCAACUGAGUCAAGAUCCCCAGAGAUC